AUGGCCGAGGCGAACGACGAUCCGAGGGGGUUGAGCGAAACCACCCCCAAACGAAAGAAUACGCGCCGUAAAAACAGUUUGUCAAAUUCCAAACACGUUCUGCGAAAGAAGCAGCCCUUCGAAUUGAAGAAAAACGGCAGGGAUAUCUACGUAAACAAUAAAACUCCCUUCAAGGGACAAUUAUACAAGUGUGAAAAACUAUUUGACAAAGGCGCAUCAGAGUUAAUUAUCCAUGGUCUUGGAGCCGCUGUAUUUAAAGCAGUCAACUUAGCCUUGCAAUUAAAGGAGAUUCAUCAUGGAACUUUAGACCUUGAUAUAAAAACUUCUACUGUGUCUCUAGUGGAUGAAUUAGAGACACUGAACGAUGACGCGGACUAUGAAGUAAACAACAGACUGAACUCUGGUAUACACAUACGUGUUUUCAGAAGAGUGCCAUUUACUGCGCUGAGAUCUAAGGCAAACUGA